AUGUCUACCAAGCUUGAAGACUGGGCUACAAAUGAAGUGAUUCGUCUUUUAGGUCAUAGUCUUCCCCGCAAUGAAGUCCAUCAACUUAUCACAUACUCUCUCACUCUCGAUACAAAAGAUGAAGCAGCCAAUUACUUUCAGGAUUUACUUGGAACCACAGAGGAAUCGCUCGAGUUUAUCAGCGAGUUUUUGACGAAACGGUUUCCUCCAUUGCAGACUGUAGGUGCAUGGUCAUCGACAGCAACGGCUAGUAGGAAAGAAAAGCAAGCAUCGAUACAGCGAGAGCAAGAAUUAUUAGAGGAUGAGCGGUUGAAACAGAUGCAACUGGAACAGUCGCAGCAAAGGUUUGGGUUGGAUGGUGAAGUACUGUAUUCUAAAAGUACUCAAGAUCCUUCAGUUUCCAAUAGCAACAAUCAAAAGCCACACCUAUCUGGUGGUGUGUCAAAACGACAGCAAAGAAAGCAAAUCAAAGAUCGAGAAGCAAUGGAACAAGUUGGUAAUCAACCUGCAGGAUUUGGUGGCCGACCAGUUUGUGAAUGCAUGGCUGCACUACAUGGGCUUGUAUCCAACUGUCUUAAUUGUGGCAAAAUUGUUUGUGUAUUUGAAGGCGAAGGUCCUUGCUCUACAUGUGGUAAUCAAGUUCAGGCCUCUAAUCGUCACUUUGCACUUAAUUUGGAUACUCAGUCCACUAUUGAUUUUGACAAAGCGCAAGCACGCAAGAACAAACUUUUAGAUUUUGAUCGCCACAGCACUUCUAGAACCAAAGUGCACGAUGCUGCAAGUGAUUUUGAUCUUUCUUCCGAUACCACUAAUAAAUGGUUGACACCAGAGGAACGUGGUUUGGCUUUGCGUAAACAGCAAGAAAUUGAACGGAUCAAGGCUGAGCAAAAAACUAGACGAGUAAUGACCAUUGAUGUGGAGAAUCGACGAGUAGUACUUGAGACCGAACCCGAUGCAAAGCAAGCAGCAACCAAAUCGAUUAUGGAUAAAGAUGUUGGCGGUGGAGUGCCGUUUUCUUUUAAAAAUCAAAACUUGCCUACUAGUAAGGAUCAUACUAAAAGUACAUCUACUGGCGUAUUUUUUAAUCCAAACCUCAAGACUCCUGCUCCAAAAUUUGUUGCAAAGAAAAAGCCAAAUCCAGUUGAUCAAUCGCACAAACAAAAGAGCUUGACACCUACACAGCGGGAGUUGUUGCGGUUGCAAGAUGACUACCGAGUCGAUAUUGAUCCUGAAGGAUCAUUGUCAAGCAUAGAGAAUACAACAGAUUUUGACGAGCCUAUAUGUGCCGCACCUGCUACAAUGCAAGCUUAA